GUGUCAGGGCCACAGGUAUGCGCAGUCCCCAACCCUGGUCCCAAAGGCUGAGGAUACCCAGGAUUCGGACACAUAUGCCUCUUAAGACCUCAUCUCUCCUGGUGCUGCUGUUACUGCUGGAGGGGGGAAUGUUCUCCUCAUCCCCUCCACCCUCUGGGCUACUGGAGAAGCUCUUCCAAUACAUUGAUCUCCACCAGGAUGAGUUUGUGCAGACACUGACGGAGUGGGUGGCCAUCGAGAGCGAUUCUGUGCAACCCAUGCCUCAUCUCAGACAGAAACUCUCCAGGAUGAUGGUCUUGGCUGCAGACAAACUCCAACACCUGGGAGCUGGGGUGGAUUUUGUGGACUUGGGUUUUCAACAGAUGCCUGAUGGUCAAAGUCUUCCCCUACCUCCCAUCAUACUGGCUGAGCUAGGAAAUGAUCCAAACAAGCCCACUGUGUGUUUCUACGGACACCUCGACGUACAGCCAGCUCAGAAGGAUGAUGGGUGGUUCACAGACCCCUAUACACUGACGGAGGUAGAUGGAAAACUGUAUGGACGGGGAGCAACAGACAACAAAGGCCCUGUCUUGGCUUGGAUUAAUGCUGUGAGCACCUUCAGAGCUUUGGAGCAAGAUCUUCCUGUGAACAUCAAAUUCAUUCUGGAAGGGAUGGAAGAGGCGGGUUCUGUUGCUCUAGAGGAACUUAUCAAAAGAGAAAGGGACCGCUUCUUCUCCAGUGUGGACUACAUUGUGAUUUCAGAUAAUCUAUGGAUCAGCCAGAGGAAGCCCGCACUCACCUAUGGAACACGAGGGAACAGCUACUUCCUGGUGGAGGUGAAAUGCAGAGAUCAAGAUUUCCAUUCAGGGACCUUUGGUGGCAUCCUCAAUGAACCAGUGGCUGAUUUGGUUGCUCUUCUUGGCAGCCUGGUGGACUCAUCGGUUCACAUCUUGAUUCCUGAAAUCUAUGACCAAAUGGCUCCUAUUACAGAGGAAGAAAAAAAAAUGUAUGAAACCAUUGAUGUGAACCUAGAAGAAUACAAGAAUAGCAGCCAAGUUGAGAAAUUUCUGUUUGACACCAAGGAGGAACUCCUGAUGCACCUGUGGAGGUACCCAUCUCUCUCUAUCCAUGGCAUUGAGGGUGCAUUUGAUGAGCCUGGAACUAAAACAGUCAUCCCUGGCCGAGUCAUAGGAAAAUUUUCAAUUCGCUUAGUCCCUCACAUGAAUCUUUCUGUGGUGGAAAAACAGGUGAAGCAGCAUCUCGAAGCAGUAUUCUCCAAAAGGAACAGUUUCAACAAGAUGACUGUUUCUAUGGUACUAGGACUCCACCCAUGGGUUGCGAAUAUCAAUGAUACUCAGUAUCUUGCAGCAAAAAGAGCCAUCAGAACAGUGUUUGGAGUAGAACCAGAUAUGAUCCAGGAUGGGUCAACCAUUCCAAUUGCCAAAAUAUUCCAGGACAUCACCCAAAAGAGUGUGAUGAUGCUCCCACUGGGGGCUGUGGAUGAUGGAGAACACUCUCAAAAUGAGAAGAUUAACAGGUGGAACUACAUAGAGGGAUCCAAAUUAUUUGCUACCUUUUUCCUGGAGUUAUCAAAGCUGCGUUGACAACAAUAGGAGCCUUCCAGUGUAUUCUUACCUACUGACAGAUUGCUCCUCCCAUACCCUGGAAAGAGUUGGAGUUGGGAUAUUCAGAGACUGUGGAGCCAGUAAAGUAUCUGUUUGUUCCCAAGGAAAGUGUCCUGGGACAUUAGGACCAAUAAUAAAACAUUUCAAGGCAUAGGUACGGGAAAUGUUUUAAACAGACCCUCUCUACAAAUCACCUUCCUAAAGUCACAGCCACCUUGACCUUGAGUUCCCCAAAUCCAAUGCAAUGACCCAGGUUUGGGUCCAGCACAACCUCUACCACAAAUGGAACGACUAUUCAUCAGACUCUCACCUUACUUUCUGGGUCCUGAAGAGCUCUGGUGCAGAAUAAAUUCACCCAGUGUCUCAUAACUUAAAUCACCUUUGCGUCCCUACCUUAAAAUGAACAUAUUGGCCUCCACCACUGGCUACAAUGAUUUCCCUGUGGAUUCAUUUUCAGAGGUGUUACUAAGACACAGCACUGUAUUAAUCUCCUGACUUCACUUUAUUUAUUUCAUCCUAUUUCUUGAAAGUGCUGAAGCUGGAAUGAUCAAUAUUCAAACCCUCACACCAUUUGAGAUCCUUGGGCAAAGAUGAGGUUUUCUUUUUUUUCUUACCUGUGCUGUGAUUGAUGCCACCUGGUGAGCUCCCCUGAAUCCUGUUUGUCCUAUCCCAUUGGUAAAAUGCCCCACCCCCCAAUCUGCAUACAUGUAGACCAGUCAUUCUAUCAAUAGAUCUACCCUGAUAGAAUUUCUCUCACCCCAUUGGAAUUUCACUCAAUGAUUAUAUCUAAAUUGCUCAAAGCUUUUAAUAGCAUCAGUGUUAGAUAGAGAACUAAUCAACUUUGACAUCAGUAACACAGUCUCAAUUUAUAGCCCUCAGCUAAAUUUGCAUUCGUUAAUCAUUUUAGUUAACCAUCUUGUUUGGCUUAAUUGGGUUUGGUGGUAUAAACACCAAAAAAAAAAAAAAAA